AUGGAUUAAAUUGAAAUUGAAAUCAAAGAAAUGGAUGCAUUAUAUUUUGAUAAAGAAUAUGCAAUUUAUCAUCCUUCUAAUAAUGAAAUAUUGUAAAAGGACAUACAUGAAUUUCAACAUUUUAAGAAUGUGAUUGCAUGCUUUUAUAAUUAUACAAAUGAUAUGAAGAUAGAACUUUAGAGAAUUAAAACUCAUUUUUAAGUACUUAAACCUGAAUAAAGAAACAAUCUAUUAAUGAAUUAUGAAGAAAGAAUAAAAAAAUUUGAUUAUUGUAUUAAGAAAAAUGCACAUUUUUGUUUUUUGAUAGUUGCUGCUUAUGUAGAUAUGUUUCCAGAGAUGGAUUUAAGUUAAGUUACUUAUUUAUCAGAUUUACCAUACUUUCCUCAUGCACAACAUGGUGAUAUUUCAAAACUAAGGAUAACUUUAAAAUAAUUUUAUCGAGGUAUAAUUAUAAAAUUAAUAAAGAUUGGAGCCUUUAAGGCUAAGCUGAAAGAGAUUAAUCUUAUAAGCUAAUUAUUGAUUGUUUACAAUAAUUUUACCCAGAUGCAAGAAUAAAAAAUGUGAAAUAUUAGGUACUUUUGCCUGGAGCAGGCUUAGGGAGACUUGUAUUUGAAUUGGCAAGUAGAGGAUUUGCAGCAUAAGGAAAUGAAUUCUCUUAUUUCAUGCUUUUGAGUUCACAUUUCAUUAUUAAUCUUACUUAGAAAAAAAACUAAUAUGAAUUAUAUCCAUUUGCAAAUAAUUUUUGCAAUAGAUUAUGGUAUUAUAAUAUUAACCUAGUGAAAAUGAUUAAUUUGAGUAGGUAAAAGUACCUGAUGUUGUUCCAGCAGACAUUUUAACUGAAAAUGAUGAAAUGUCUUUUGUAGCCGGAGAAUUUAUUAUUGUCUAUCAUCAACCUAAAUACUUUAAUUUUUGGGAUAGUAUUAUAACUUGCUUCUUCAUUGAUACAGCGAAUAAUGUAUUAGAAUAUAUUGAUGCUAUUUAUGAUAUUUUAAAAACUAAAGGAUGUUGGAUAAACUUUGGACCUUUAGAAUAUCAUUUUGCAAACUAAUUCUCUGAAACAAGUAUUGAAUUAAGUUAUGAGGAUCUUAAACAUUAUAUAUAGUAAAAAGGAUUUGAAAUAAAAUGUGAAUAAAUGUAGGAAUCUACAUAUAAUCAUUCAAAACUAGAUUAAAAAUACUUAAUAUAUAAUUGUAUAUUUUUUAUGGCUAUAAAGAAGUGA